UCACACUAGUUGUAUCCCAAACACAAGACAAUUGUGCAAUUUCUUCGGAAAAACACUAAACAAUUGAAUAAAAGAGCGCGCAACUUUGUUGUUGUUGCGGGAGAGUGGAAGAGGGAGAGAGUUCGAGAGAGCGGAUUCAAAUACACAUAUUCAACGCCGCAGAAUGCAGCUUGCCGCCGCUGUGGUGUUGCAUAAAUUCCGUUAGUAAUUUUAACUAUUUCUGCCGCCUCUAUUGUUGUUGUGGCCAUUGUUUAGUUGUGCGCGUGUGCAGUGUGGGUGUCUGUGUGUCUAUAUUAGCUUAGUGAUAUUUAUAUUCCUAAUUACAAACGUUGUGUCCGACGCGAAUUAAAAGUUUUAGUUUGCCAUCGGCGGGCAGAGCUCUUAGUCGUCAACAUUACAUCAAACUAACGGUGCUUACGUGCCACACGACGCACACACACACACAACACACAUAACGCCGCCUUCACCUUGAAGUGCCUGUCAAAUUGUCGGAAUCGCUUCCUAUUUAUUUGCCAUUAUUUCGAACGGAACUUCUUACACCGCGAGAGCGACAAAGAGUGGUGUCAAGGGCCAAGCGGACGCACACACAUAUCACGUGUCUGACUCUGGCCACAGUUUUGUAGCCAACGAUCACGCGCGAGCCAAUCUCGCUCUCUCCCAGCCACUCGCACUCGCUCUUUGUCGCUGCUGCUGCGGAGCUCUCUCCCAGUCGGACCUGGCAGAUUUUAGGUUUUAAAACGUCCGAUUGGCCUCUCCCGCGAUGUUCUCACUACAGCAAUUGGUCCGAGUGGCUGCAGCGACGCCGAACGGAGGCAGUGAUCUCUACAGGCUGCUUCGGCACCUGGGCAACGCGACGGCAGCAAACACGAACACAAGCACAGCGGCAGGUACAGCUAGAGCUAUAGCCAAAGCAACAACACAGCUCUCUAGUCAGGCGAAGUUCGGCGACAGCGACAGUCACAAUUCGCCCUCACACGCGGACGGUUAUAGUCACUGCGAAUCAGAGUCGGAUUUGGAGUCGGCGCACCACGGCAAUAAUUUUCCAUCAGCCCACCAAUUGGCCCGAAAGCUAUUGGAGCAGCGUAGCCAGGAUAUCCAGCGUCAGAUUCAUACACAAUCGGCCAGCGGACAGCGAGCCAAGUCCUCCCAACAGCAGCAGCAGCAGCAAACCACCACCAAGUUUGCCAUGUCAUCGUUAGCGGCGGAGCCCCUGCAAGCCCACAAGGCAGACGAAAUCACGGCCUCCGGGGCGGACAAUGCGGUGGAGUCCCCAGGACUAGGUGCCUCCUGUCACGAUGUGGCCUCAGCAUCGGCCAGUGCCGGUACAAAGGCCUGCUUCAGCACUGGCCUCGGCGAGAUCCUACAGUUCAUGGAGCUCAUUGGCAACCUGAAACACACCAAACGCACUGGCUGGGUGCUACGUGAUGUCAACGAUUGCGAAUCGAUUUCGGGACACAUGUACCGGAUGAGCAUGUUAACCUUCUUGUUGGACGGCAGCGAGGGACUAAAUCAAAUCCGCUGCAUGGAGCUAGCACUAGUCCAUGAUUUGGCGGAGAGUUUAGUGGGUGACAUAACGCCCUUCUGUGGCGUGUCCAAGGAUGAGAAGCGUGCCAUGGAGUUUAAGGCCAUGGAGGAUAUAUGCAAGCUGAUUGAGCCGCGUGGCAAGCGCAUUAUGGAACUGUUUGAGGAAUACGAGCAUGGCCAGAGUGCCGAGAGCAAGUUUGUCAAGGAUCUGGAUCGCCUGGAUAUGGUUAUGCAGGCGUUUGAAUACGAGAAGCGUGACAAUUGCCUUCUGAAGCACCAGGAGUUCUUCGACUCCACCGAGGGCAAGUUUAAUCAUCCGUUCGUGAAGAAGCUGGUCAACGAGAUCUACGAACAGCGUGAUGUCCUGGCCAAGGCCAAGGGCGCUACUCCGCCGCCAGCCAUUGAGAUUCCCAGCAUGGAGAAGCCUUCGAAACUGGCCAACGGUCAUGACAGCUCGAGUUGAGCGUUAUUCUAGGAACCACCUCUUAGGCUAUAGCACAUGAACACACACACCCACAUCCUUCUCACUACGCUCUUAAUUUGUAAGCCAACAACAAAUCCAACUAACAAACUGUUACGCCUACCUCGACACGCUCAUAGUUAGACUUAACUUUUAACACACUAAUUUAUUGCGAAAGAAAUGUUGAAGACUACGUGAUGUCUCCUUAGUUCAAUUUCCUCUAUGUUAAGCGUAAAGUUGCGGAUCGAGUUUUAGCUAAAUAUUCGAUUGAUCCUGACUAAGAAACAACAAACACUCAAUUGUAAAUAGCUAAAAUGAAUUGUAGUUAAUUUUAAAAGAUGAACAGAAGAACCGUGCGCGAGAUUCAUUAUUAUUGUAAAUGUUGUCCUAGAGCAAUUUUAUUCAAACCGACAAACUAAUGAGUAAAUCAAAAUUAUUCUCCAGCAACUAAAAUAAUCAAAAUUACUUGAUUUUAUCUAAUAAUUUGUACACCCCUUGAACGAAUCGAACAAUUGUUAUAACAAAAACUAUAAUUACCAAACAAAAUUGUGAAUUAGGCAGUAUAUAUACAUAUAUAUAUAUAUAUAUAAAGAUGCAGUCACGCCUCAGAGUGGCUAAAAAGACAAA